AUGAUGCCUUCAUGCAGGCUAUUUGGCGGCGAGUAUACGGAAAUAAAUGUGUUAAGCGGAGAAGUGGGAUCGUUACUGGCUGAUAUUGUUUCAGCCGAUGCGAAGCUUCUGAGGGGAAACCAUUCCAACUUUGUAUCUGUUAAAGUUGAAGAGGAGGUUUUCCUUCGGGUUCACCGACCGGUGGCAACGCGCUUUUCCGCGGUCUGGAAGCGCGGCCUAUCCAACCCAAAGUGCGGGAUUGUCACUGUGACUUUCCCACCCGACCCACCGGCUGCUCCUUUGGCAGUUCGAUCGGCACCAAGUUCCGGCAAUGCACCGGCCAAAUCUCCAAGUAUUCCACCACUCUCCCCUCCCGCACUGGCUGCUCCUUUAGUCAGUCAAUCGGAUGCCAGGUCCGGGCAACGCACCGCACCAAACUCGGGAAAUGCACCGGCCACGCCUGGAUUAAUUCCACCGCCUCCCCCUCCUCCGUCGAAGAAAGAGGCUUUAAAAUUCAUAAUCCAGUGGAUGGAGCAAGGGGGAGCUGACCCCAAAGGCAAGAACGCAGUCCCUUAUCCAAAGGGCUACCGCGCGGGGUUGGAGACGCUGUUGGCGUUGGCGAGUAUGCUCGAGAUCAGCGAGCUGAUGACUCGGGUGAGCGGCGACUUGGGGAUAAUUCCCCUUCCCAGACCCAGAAGAUGCCCUACGUGCAAAAGAGUCGAACACCCGGGCAAGGAGUGCCAAACCUGCUGGGAAUGCAAUGACGUUGGCCACCGUAGAGCCAACUGUCCGAAGGCAUACCAGGCGUUUCUGGAACGAGAAGCGCGCCGAGAGCAAAAAGCCGAGCACGAGAGACUUAGGCUGGAAGGGCAGGAACGGGCGGAGUCUCGGCGGAAGAAGUGGCAGGAAAAGCAAGACCGCCGGGGGAAGCAACAGCGGGAAGCUGGGAUUCGGACGGGAGAGGUGGCUGUCGGUGCCGACGGUAAGACUAUUAAUCGGUGGGUUCGAGAUUGA